AUGCCUCAUAUGUCUGAUCAACAAUUACAGAUUAAAGAUAUAAAUAAUAUUUUAGAAUUAUUGAUAGAAGAAUAUUCCAACAUUACUUAUAAAAAUUCAAUUAAUAUUCUUAAAAAAGAAAUUAAUGAGUUGUUGGAACUAUUGCAAACAAUCGAAUUAGAUCAAUAUCUUACUGUACGUGAGAAAACUAUCAAAUCUUAUGAUUUCUUUCAAUUACAAUUAGCAGUUAUUUUAGAAAGAUUGGGUUGUAAUAGAAAUGGUGCUUCUAUUGGAUGA